ACGGGGCAAGACAUCUCACCCAAUCCGUUGAAAUCCGCAUGCAGCCAAUGAAGUUGGGUCGGGCGGCCACGUGUCGGCCACGUGACGGUUGCAGGAUCGGAUAAUGGCUGUACAACUAACUACCACAAUUCUGAAACUAGACCAAUUCCAGCUCCUUCUGUAAUUCUCUUCCACAACCACUUCACGGCGGAGACACCAUGCCGCCGUCGUUACGGCCGUUCAUGCGCGUCUCCUCUCCGAUAGUCGUCAUGAAUUCAGAACAGCGGAGCAAUCUAUUUACAGUCAAGCCAAAAACUGUCCUCCACCACCACCCGCUAUACCAAUCGACGCAUUCGAACCUCUCCUUCGAAUUCAAGGAAAAAAUCCUGUGCCUCGAAAUAAUUGGCGUCGAUUCCGGCAGAGCAUUAUCUCAAAAUCCGUCUCUGCACGCCGCCUCGCUGGAUUCGAUCCACGCCAUUGUUUCAUUCCUCCAAUCCAAAGGUAUCCACCUGAAGGAUUUAGGCCGAAUCAUCGGUAUGUGCCCCUCGCUUCUAACUUCCGACAUCAAAUCUGAACUCAAUCCGGUCUUCAAUUUCCUCGCAUACGACCUCAGAGUUCCGGAACAAAAUUUCAGAAAAGUAAUCACCAAAUGCCCUAGACUCUUAGUUUCGAGCGUCAGAGACCAAUUGAAGCCAGCUUUAUUUUACCUCCAAAGGCUAGGGUUCGAAGACCUGCACGCAUUAGCUUAUCAAGAUCCGAUCCUUCUGGUAUCGAGCGUGGAGAAAACUCUGAUACCUAAACUGGAUUACCUCGUCAGCUUAGGCUUCUCCAAAGCCGAUGCAGUGGAGAUGGUUUUGCGAUGCCCUGCGCUGUUCACCUUCAGUGUCGACAACAAUUUCAAGCCGAAAUUCGAGUAUUUUGUGGAAGAAAUGAAAGGCACACUGGAGGAGUUGCAGCAAUUUCCACAGUAUUUUACCUUCAGCCUGGAGAAACGGAUAAUGCCCCGCCACAUGGAGGCUGCGCAGAGAGGCGUAAAGGUUCCGCUGCCAUUGCUGCUCAAAAGCACCGACGAUGAAUUCACAGAAUUACUGUUAUGGCAGGGGGCCUGACAGAAUUGGACAAGUAUCUGCAAGUUUUUUUGGUCCAAAUUGUUUGGGCUUUCAAAACAUCGAGGCUCAAUGGGCCAUCUGAAGGCCCAUAUUCUUACCAGUGUAGUUGAGAAAAUUGGGAGGCCCACUUCCCUGCUUCCAUGGCUGAAGGGGAGCCACACGGAGUGUGUGACUCAA